AUUGUUUCAUGCCACCAUUUGCGAUAAGGCUAGGACCAGGAUGGAAAAAGAUCUCCUCAUGAAUAGUUAUGAAAAGCUGCUCUCAACCUUUGGUGAACGUCCUGACUUACAGUAGUUGUUUCUCAAAGUGUGCUCUCUGGACUGCUGGUGGUUCCCUAGGUAAUUUCCAUGAUGUCCUUGAAUAAGUGGAUUAGAACACGAGCCUAAUUUAUUCAAUACUGGACAGGUAAUGUUUUAUUAUCUAUAGUAAAACUUAAAAAUGCAACUUCUGACGAAUAGUCACUUUUAUUUUCUGGCGUUUUUCCAAACCAUUUAGAGUAGCAAGUAAGCCUAUUGUUUUCAUUUGGUUAUUUGGAGUGUACCUGGUAUGUUUUAUUGAUCCUUUUCCUGAAAUAGUUUGAGAAAUACUGGCUUGGGAAAUGCACAAAAGCAAGUGGUGGUAAAUCAUGUUGCAUUUUCUGCGCAAAGGAAAACGCUUGAUUGCAAAACAUGGGGUAUGCAAAUCCGAGGGUUAUGAGGUUGUUGUUUUUUCGCAGAACACAGGUCACAGUCUUAUUUGGCAUGUGUUCAAAUUUGGUGCUUUUGUUGCGGUAUUCAGAAUCUCAACAUUGGGCCACAAAAGACUUCUACCUGUUCCUGCUUCAGUUUGGAUGACGAUAUGCCUUUUUUUUAUCACAGCGUCGACAAAACUAAUUUAGCAGCUUCAGUUUCAAUUUUUUAUGUACUGUAUCAUAAACAAUUGCUGGAUACCCAGUGGGAUUCAUUGUGGUCGUCUGUGAUCACACAUUUCUAGUCUUCUUGGAAUCCUCAUUGAACAUCUAAUUGCACACUUUUUGGGGAUGUUUUUGUUGUAUACGGCUAGACAGUGGAACCUUGGUUAAGCGUUAUAAAUCCAUUCCAAACAGGGGUGUGAGGGGCAGAUGCAGACCUGCCACCAUGUAUGAAUUUGAAGUUUCAGUUCAACCACCGAACACAAAUUUGAGCAAGAUUGAUUGAAAAGCAUGGCCACUGUCAGUCGCAACAUCUUUGCAAGGGUAUUGGGCAGGUCUAAGCAACUAAUUAUCCAUAAGUCAUUGAUCAUUUGUCUUAUGAUUAUAAAGCUUUGAGGAUAUCAGUAUUACAUGUAUGCUUGCUUGUCUUCCAGAGCAUUUUCACCACAACUCAUAGGGGAAGCCAUAAUGUCAUUUAACAGUCAACUAAUAAAAAGACAGAUCAACUUAUUAAAUAAAUUAGUUUGUGAAACAGAAAAGGUGACUCCCUGUCCAGUGAGAUAUAGAACAUUGUGAUGGAUUUGAAUAUUUUGGUCUAUUUGAUUUAUAUGUUGUACUUUGUAAAACAUUUGUUUCCUUUUGAUGCCUCUUUGUGAAAAAUGUAUCGCUGUAGGCUUUUCAUUUCUUUUAUGUAUCCUAUCCAAAAGUCAAUACUUCCCCUUGUUUGCUUUUCCCCAACCACCAUGGUCUCAGCUUGUAAUGAUAUUGGCUGAAGGAGGGAUUGUCAUUGUUGAUUGUACAUCAAACAAUGGCGCUCUCAGGGUCCAGUUUCAUUACACGGCACGCCCUGUUUGUCCUCAUAGCCUACAGGGUUUAUGCAUUUGACAUUAAGCAUUUAAUUUUCAAUCUAAACCACCCUGGUAACAUUCCUGCGUGUAUGCUUGCCAUAUUUCUAGCAAUUUUUGCAUUUAUGUUCCCACUUUUGUCUUGGUUUUAGCAGUAGAGGAAGCAGAGAAACACAGUGCCGGCUGGCUUCAGGAUAACGGGAUCUUAAGAUCGCAAACAUGCUUCAGGAGAUGAAGGAGAUUGGCUCACAUGCCAUAGACAUCUAUGACUACCUCGUGGCGGGAGUUGAUCCUCGGGUGAAGGAUUAUCCACUGAUGCAGAGUCCCAUUCCCAUGACUAUAAUUUUGCUGUGCUACCUGUUCUUUGUACUGUACCUGGGCCCUCGCAUCAUGGCCAAUCGGAAGCCGUUCCAUCUGAAGGAAACCAUGAUAGUCUAUAACUUUUUGCUAGUGGGGCUGUCCAUAUACAUUGUCUAUGAGUUCAUGAUGUCUGGAUGGGUUACAACGUAUACUUGGCGAUGUGAUGCAAUUGAUGUGUCUGACGGCCCUCAAGCAAUGAGAAUGGUUCAAGUGGCUUGGCUGUUCUGGUUCUCCAAGAUCAUUGAGCUCAUGGACACACUCUUCUUCGUACUGAGGAAAAAGAGUGGCCAAAUCACCUUCCUGCACAUCUUUCACCACUCCUUCAUGCCCUGGACAUGGUGGUGGGGAGUUGGCUACGCUCCUGGUGGAAUGGGUUCUUUCCACGCAAUGGUAAAUUCAUCCGUCCAUGUCAUCAUGUACUUCUACUACGGCCUUUCUGCCGCCGGGCCUCGCUUCCAGAAGUUCCUGUGGUGGAAGAAAUACAUGACUGCCAUUCAACUUACCCAGUUCGUCUUGGUGUCCCUCCAUGCGACUCAAUAUUACUUCAUGGACAGAUGCGACUACCAGUUCCCGAUCAUCAUCCACUUGGUGUGGAUUUACGGCACCUUUUUCUUCAUACUCUUCUCCAACUUCUGGGUGCAGGCGUACGUUAAGGGCAAGCGGUUGCCCAAGCAGGGCGUCCAGCCAUGUCAGGACGGCAAAGCCGCCAUCUACGCCAACGGCAAGCACCACGAGAACGGCGUCAAGCACGGGAUGGCCAACGGUACCAGCAACGGCUCAGCCCACCUGGAAAAUGGCAGUGCACCUAUGGGCAAAAUGAAGAAGGCCUAAGAUGCCUGUGAGGAAACACCCAGAAAGUAUGACUUGGUCAACUUAUCAAAGAUAAUUUUGGCAGUUUUUCCUGUUUUUAGUUUAAUAUGACAAAACAUAGGGAGAUAAUAUGGUUGAUGACUGACUUCCACAACGGGGAUCCCACAUUUUGUUUGGUUACAGUAGAUUGUCUCUUUUGAGUUUUGGGGAAACUUCUGUUGGGCACAAUGCAUGAAGAGAAGAUGUUUUGAAUGUUUCAUCUUCCCUGAUGUUGCACAAAUUUAAUACCACACUGGUCCCCCCCUCCAACUUCUCACUACUUAUGACCAUUCCCUACGACAUAAUGUACAGAAAACUUGAAAAUACUUUUUUUUUGUAAAUAGUUUUACAACAAAGAAAAAACUAAUUGUACUGGUAUGCUUUCUACUUUCUAAAUUGUCAAGUUUGUGUAUUUAAAGAAAUAAAAUACCAAUAAAACCUGUUUUAAAUUAUCUGA